UUUUACAUUAAAGUUGUCACUAUUGCUGAGUAACAAGUUAAUGAGAUAAGAAACGGAAAGAACUCUUAAAGAAAUGGAUGAAAUGGAUCUCUCCGAUAGUUCCAUCGAUACAAAUAGGUUCGAAGGUUCUGAUGGUGAUCUAGACCUAAACCGAGCUCUCAGUCGUAGCUCUAGUUCUGAUAGUGAUGCUCCAAAUGAUCAAUUGGGGAAUAAAGGCAAAUACACCACCAUUACAGCCUUAAACCUUCAGGACAACCUAGCUGAAUUGUUUGAAGAAAAUAUACUGACAGAUUUUGACGUUACGGUUGGUGAUACCGUAUUUCACUGUCAUAAAAUUAUCUUAUGUGCUGUCUGUAAUUACUUCCGAUCUAUGCUUCAAUCUGGAAUGGCAGAGUCUAGUUCUGGACACACUAGUUUAACAUCCAUAACCCCAGAAUGUUUUCAAUCUGUAUUAAAUUACAUUUACAGAGGGAGUCAAAUUUUUAAUCUUGACAUCAUUGAAGAACUUUUUGAAGCUUCUCUUCUUCUUCAAUUUGAUCUACUUGAAAACUUCUGUAAGGAGUACAUGGCUGAAUCGUUAGCACCAAGCAAUUGCCUGGUUUUUUAUCACCUGUCUAAAAGACACAGUUGUGAAGAUAUAGCAGAUCUUGCUUGGAAUAUGUGUGUUACUAAGUUUGAAGAUGUCAUGGCUGCAACUGAUCUUCAAGAAUUGAAGGAAGGCACACUGACCAAACUACUUACAGACAAAAAUUUGAAAUUUACCAGUGAAGAUGUUCUAUGUACAACUAUAAUAGAGUGGGUAAAUGCUGAACCAGAAACACGAUUAGAUUCUCUCCCAGAAUUGUUUAACUUCAUCUGUUUACCAGAAGUAUCUGGCGAGUUCUUAUAUAACAACCUAUAUAAGAAUGAACUGAUAGAUAAAUUCCCCUUGAUUACCCAGGCCGUAGAUGAUGCUAUCAAAUGUCAUCUGAUACCUACCGAAAAGAAAAACAUGGUAAUGAGGCAAAGGACAAUAAGAGAUGUCAAGAAAUAUCGUCGUGUAACAGUUGUUUUAGGGGGAUGCAUUACCGACUGUGAAAGUCUGAAUAACAUGUCUUGUUGGGAUGAUGUUUCACUUUCGUGGUAUUCUCUAUCUUCUAUCCCACAACAUUUGGGGACUGAUUUUGCAUCAUGUGUUUUAGAAAAUAAGAUAUAUGUUUCAGGCGGAUCUAAGGGCUUUGAUUCUGUUUUCUGUUACGAUCCAGCUGACAACACAUGGUCGAAUCUUCCCAAAUUAAUUGUUGGCAGAGAAGCACAUGCGAUGGUGGCAGUUGGUAGUACACUCUAUAUUCUUGGUGGUAGAAAUGAUAAGCGC